AAAGUUCACAAAUCACAAAAAAUAGAAACAAAACAAAUUCUUUUUCAUUGCUUUGUUUUUUUAUGGGAUGAAUAUCGGAGCUAUGAGAUGCAGUCCAGGAGCAGUAACCCUAUGUAGAUCGAGACAUAUAUUCUUUCUUGUAAUGUUGUUCUGUACGUUCAGGCAACAACCCAAUCUCAAGCCAAUCAACCUGCUGAAAGCACUAUUAACGCUACAACUAAGGCGGUUUACAAUCAGGCCCUCAGCCAAUCUUACGGGUUCUUCAUUCCGCAAGACUCGCUGUUUGGAAAUAGCAUCAUACCGGUGCUGCCGCGAUUCGAGAACACUCCCACAACCGGAACUGGCUCGGCUGCACCAAGUGGUGGUAAAUAAUGGCCUGUCUGAAGUUGAAAAAGUUUGAGGAGUUUCUGCAAACGGUCGAUGGCUUCGAAAAUCCCAAGGUGACGCUGGAACAGUACGUCACGCCGUCGCACAUUGCCAGUCACAUGUUGUAUACGAUCCAGACCAACUAUGACGAUCUCGAGAAUAAACUGGUGCUGGAUCUUGGAUGCGGUGCCGGUAUGCUAAGUGUGGGAGCAGCAUUGCUAGGCGCAUCGCACGUGAUCGGAGUUGAAAUUGACCCAGAUGCAAUUGAGAUCUUCAAGAGCAACGUCGAAGGAUUCGAACUGGACAACGUGGACUGCCUGCAGUGGGAUGUGCUAGAAUUGAAGGGCAUCGAAUUCAAUCUGAAAUUUGAUACGGUAGUCAUGAACCCACCAUUCGGCACCAAGCAAAACAGCGGCAUUGAUAUGGAAUUCCUGCGCAUAGGAUUGGCUCUUGCUGACCAUAGCGUUUAUUCGCUGCACAAAACUAGUACCAGGGAUCACAUUAAAAAGAAAGCAAUUGAGUGGAAAGUGAAAGCCUACGUCGUUGCAGAACUAAAAUACAAUCUUCCUCAGACUUACAAAUUUCACAAAAAGAAUACUGUCGAUAUCGCUGUUGAUUUAUGGCGCUUUGAAGUUCGUUAAUUAUUUCACUGAGCAUUUAUUAACAACUAUGUUUGAUGAGCUUAUAACCAAAAUAACAGAUUAAUUUUUGUUUUCUAAAAAUUAAUACCGGACAUGUCAUCCUUUAUCGGUUUAUCGUAAUAAUAAUCAUCCUCCACGUUUUUA